AUGGAUAUCGCAUCAAGAUCAAAUUUGAAACGAAAACAGAAGACACUCACAUUGCAUGAAAAAGUUAGAAUUAUUGAAGACUUCGAAGGAGGAGGCGGAACGUACGAAUCACUAGCCCGGAAGUAUGGCGUGGGAUCAUCUUCCGUAUCUCGGUUUAUACAACACAAGGAGGAGCUCCGAACAAAAUUAGACAGCUAUCGAGAACACGGAGUAGAAAAUAGAAGAACGCUCAAAGAACAACGCUUACCGGUGAUGGAGAAAUCGCUCUACCUGUGGAUUCUCCAGCAGCGAGAAGCCAACAUUCUCGUUGCGCCGGAAGCAUUGCGACUAAAAGGAGAACUAUUGCUGGGAGAACUUCAAAAACGUGGACAUUACGUGGACCAAAGCUUAACAUUUUCAGAUGGUUGGAUGCGGCGUUUCAAAGCUCGAUAUGGGUUGCGUGUCAAGCGAGUAACAGGUGAGAAAGCAUCAGCCGAUACAGCAGCAUACCUAAGAUUCAAGGACAUUUUUAAAACCAAGCUAAUCGAAAUGGGAUUGAAAAAAUCUCAGGUCUACAAUGCUGACGAGUCAGCCAUUUUCGUAAAGCUUCUAGCAUCACGAAGUGUAGUGCUUUCUAACGAGCAUCAACCUGCCGGAAGAAAAUUGAACAAGAUGCGCUACACCUUUAUGCCAUGCAGCAACGUUGACGGUUCAAACAAAUUAAAAUUGAUGUUCAUCGGAACUGCCGCCAAACCACGCUCGUUCCCGGAUAAGGAUAAACUGCCUCUAUCAUAUUAUAGCUCGAAGAAAGCUUGGAUGACGAGGGACCUGUUUAAGUCUUGGUUCUACAACGAGUUUGUGCCAGCUGUGAGAGAGUUUUCAAACAAGUCCAAUUUAGAGCCCAAAGCAUUACUCUUGUUGGACAACUGCACAGCACAUUACGAUGGAGGAGACGAUUUAGUGUCGGACGAUGGAUUGAUUAAGGUAAUUUAUCUCCCACCAAACGUCACUUCUGAGUGUCAACCGAUGGAUCAAUCAGUAAUCAACGCAGUUUAA